AUGGUCAAUCCGUCUCCAAAAAACCGUUCUCGUCAACCAUCCAACAAAGGGUCCACAAGUUUACUGUCGCCAUUAGCUUUGAAAGACCCUGCUGGACGUCCUCCCACUGUUCAAGGUCGUACUAUCAUUGCGCGAACGAUCCCUUCUGCCUUUUAUGCUAACGACCUUAUUUUGGAUAAGUCAAGUGGGAACUGGAUUGAAUGGCGAACUUGGAUCUUACGUUCCUUAGCCACUUGUGGUCUUGCGGGCUAUCUAAAAGGGGCUGCCAAAGCUCCUGAUGAAGACGGCGACCCAUUCAACUAUAGUACUUGGUACUCUAAUGACCGUAUGGCACGAUCCUUCUUAGCUCUCAAAUCUGGACCAUGGGAGCGUAAAUUCUUCGAGGAUCAUGAAACUCGGGAUUCAACUGCUGCAGUCACUUGGACGGCCCUUUGUCAUUGUCACAAUAAUGAGGGUGCCUAUGCGCAACUUUUGCUUCUCAAAGAGUUUUUCUCAUUUCGUUUCGUGCGUGGAGAAUCCUAUCUUGACCUUGCACAUCGUAUGGCGAAUUUCUGUGAGCAUAUUUUCAAGAUUGGUCUCCCCACUGAGGACGCUCUUCUCUGCCUUGGUCUCCUUCACACCAUGUCUGGUGAUCUCGAACAUCUUCAGUCUCAGAUUAGCACUGCCAUGUCCAAUCCCUCCUCGCUCCUUACACUUCCACCAACAUUAUCAAUCGUCUGGAACUCGAAUACCAAGUCACCACUGGUUCCCUUUUGGGUCCUUCCUCUGUUCCUGCUAGUUCCGCUCUUGUUGCUGCGCCAGUUAAACCGUCUUCUUCCAAGUCCUGCACCAACUCCCGGUGGUAAAAUGGAAGGCAAACGUGAUGAGGUCCUUGCUCGCAAACGUCUUGCUCGUGACCAGAAACACAACAAGCCUUACAGCUCCAGUACAUUUAAAGAUCCCGCUGGACGUACUUUCUUCGUUGACUCUGAUGGCUCAGCUCAUUAUCUCGCUACUUCACCUCCACCUACUUCCUCUCUUGAGAUUGUCACUCUGGCGACAACAUCGCCUUCUUGGCUGGCCGAUCAUGCCAACGGGAAUGACUCUGUUCUUAGUGCAGUUGCUUCCUCUCCUCAAUCGACUCUGCUCCCUCCCUCUUUCUUCUUCGACUCUGGUGCUUCCACUCACCUCACCCCUUGUCGAUCCGAUUUUGUCAGUUUUUGCUCUAUUCCACCACGUGGUAUCCGCGGCAUGAAUGGCUCUGUAAUUUACGCAUUGGGCAUUGGUCGUGUCUCUUUGUCUCUGCCGACUGGUUCCACACUGGCCCUUGAUGACGUCCUGUUUGUUCCUCAGGCCACUGUUUGUCUUCUCUCUAUCUCUGCCUUAUGCAGUUCUCCCUCACAAUACUGUGUUGUUUUUGAUCACACUGGUGUUCGCGUUUCCCUUCCUUCUGGUUCUCUCAUUGCCUCUGGUCCCAUUACUCCAUCUCGCCUAUACGCUCUCUCUCGCUUGCCCACUCUUGACCAUACCUUCCUUGCUGUUCGCCGUCCUUCCUUAGUCACCUGGCACCAUCGUUUGGGUCAUACCAAUUACCGCACACUCUUCGAUAUGUCCUCUGCUGGCUUGUUACCUGGUAUGCCUAUCGAUUUUUCCGCUGCCCCACCCAAAUGUGACUCUUGCCUCCUUGGUAAACAGACGCGUUCCGCAGUGCCUAAGGUCCGGGAGGGUGUCCGUUCAUCUGAACAACUUGGGUUAGUGUAUGUGGACUUGAUGGGACCUGCCAAUGUAAAGUCUCUUUCGGGAAACCUGUACGCUCUACACAUAAUAGACGACUUUACGUCCUACUCGUGGUCUAUCCCCCUCCCAUCUAAGGAUGCUGCACUCCGCCUUUUCACUUCCUGGGCCACAGCACGUAUGACUGAAACCAACCUUCCCCUUCGUGCUGUUCAGAUCGACAACGGUGAGCUGCUCUCUGCUGCUUUCCGGGCUUUUCUGUCCGAUCGUGGCAUUCAACUUUGGCGUACUGCUGCAUAUACCUCUGCACAGAAUGGUCGCAUUGAACGCCUUCAUCGCACUCUCAUGAAUCGUGCGCGUGCCAUGCGUGCUUCAUGCAACCUUCCUGCCUUCUUGUGGGAUGAGUUGCUCUGCGCUGCGAAUUAUCUUACCGUACGUGCUCUCACUUGCGCACUCCAUCCAAUCACCACCCCAUUUGAGGCCUGGCAUUCUUGUCGCCCUGAUCUCUCUAUCCUCCGGGAAAUUGGUUGUCAUGCCUUCGUUCUUAUUCAGAACCACCACAAUCCUAAAAUAUAUGACCGUUCCCUGGAGUGUGUGCUUAUUGGCUACAGUCUUGACUCCAAGGCUUUCCGUUGCUAUCACCCGGGGUCUCGCAAGGUUGUUGAGUCUUUUCACGUCUCCUUUAUUGAAUCUUUUGAGUCUGACGUUCCUCCUGCGGUACCAGCCGCCGAGGUCAUCUCCCCUACUCCAUCCUCUGUUGCAUCUUUCACUCCCCCUGUGACACCCAUACCACCUCCUCUUGUUCCCGUUGCUCUACCAUCUCCUGUUCCACCCCCUCUCCGUCGUUCUUCUCGGGUACCUGUUCCUUCUGAACGUCGGGUGGCUGCACUUGACCUACCUUACUCAUCUGCCAUCUCUCGUGCUGUUGAGGCCUCUGCGGCUGCUGGCUCUCGCCUCCAUACUGCCCGCACUUCUCACUUACCCCCCCUCCACCCACCUGCACCUUCUGAUCCUCUUGCCGCCUUGCUCUCCAGUCUGGCUGAUGUCCCUCCUGCUCUUACCUUGGACGUUGAGUAUCCUGGUGACCCUAGUACCCUUGCCGAAGCCAUGGCUUCUCCAUUUGCUUCACAGUGGCGCACUGCACUACUCGACGAAUUUCAGUCCAUUCGUGAUCUUCAUGUCUACGAGCUUGUUCCUAGGUCCUCUGUGCCCUCUGGUCAUCGUAUUAUGCGUGGUCACCCUGUUUUCCAUUUGAAGCGUGAUCACCUGAAUGUCCCUGUCCGUUUCAAAGCUCACUGGGUCUGUCAAGGCUUUGUGGCCAUCUUUGGGCAAGACUAUACUCGGACGUCCUCUCCCACUGUGCGUAUGGAAUCUUUUUGUGCCCUUCUUCACCUGGCCGCUGCGCGCAACUGGGAGAUUCAUCACAUUGACGUAAAGACUGCCUUCUUAUAUGGUCUUCUUCCUGACAAUGAGACAUGCUAUAUGGAACAACCCCACGGCUUCGAAGAUCCUGACCAUCCUGACUGGGUGUGGAAGCUUCUCAAAGGUCUGUAUGGGAUGAAACAAGGUGGUCGUACCUGGAAUUGUACUAUGCACAUCCGCUUACUUGCCCUUCGGUUCGUCCGCCUCCCUUGCGAAUACUGUAUCUAUUACUGCCAGUCAGAUUUGGGAACCAUUGUUACCUGUGUUCAUGUCAACGAUUUCCUUAUGACUGUGUCAAGGUAA